AUGGCGAGUGCUGAGUCAAAACUCCUACACGAAAUCCACGAGUAUUUUCUGGUCUGUGCAGUGUGCUCCGAGCGGUACAGAAAUGCAAGAAUUCUACCGUGUUUUCACAGCUUCUGUGAGCAGUGUGUCUGUAAGUUGGUCGAUACGGCUGGGGGAAACAGUAUAAUAUGCCCCGUAUGUCGAAAAGGUCACGAUCUGCGAGACGGUCUGGCGGGCAUACCUAAGAAUUUUUAUCUCAAUGAGCUCGUUGGUUUGUUCGACAAGAAGCGAAGCGAGGACGUCUCAACAGAAGCAGAAUGCGGUAGCUGUGAAAAGGGAGCAGCACAGACUCGAUGUCUUGAUUGCGCAGUUGGGCUAUGUGAUGGUUGUACCCGUAUUCAUCAUCGCUUACAUAUUCUGAAGUCGCAUCGCCUGAUGUCUCUUGAAACAUACAUCAUUACGCGCUUCUCUCAGCCACCUGAAGUGCUGCAACCGUUUUACUGCAACAAUCACCAUGACAACCAGAUAAAAUUUCAUUGUGAUACAUGUGAUAUUCCAAUAUGUUCGGAGUGUACUGACUUGAAUCACGUUCCAAGUGAUCACGACUACCGAUAUUUGAAUUACACAUCAUCAAAACAUAAGAUGUGCUUAGAGGAUAUGGUAGACAGACAGCAAGAAAUUGAACUGCAAGCAAAUGACAGUAAACAGGAAUUAAAAAGAAUGUCAGAAAUUCUGGAUAGUCAUUUGCACGAAGAAGUGACAAAUUUGAAUCAACACAUCGAGAAAAGAAUUAUAGAAAUCAAAGCCAAGUUCAAUAAAGAUGGAGAUAAACUGUUGGCGGACAUGAAGCGUGAAUAUCAAUCACUGAAACAGAACUUGAAAGCACGAAUUAAGGAACUUGAAGUUGCUGAGAUCGACAUGAAAAAUGCAAGUGACUUUGGGGAGAAACUAAUAAAUUCAGGGAAUGCUGAACAGAUGAUGUCAGCAAAAAGGAGAAUGGCGUCGCAUAUAGAUGGAAUGAUAGAAAGUAACACCGAGCAAAACCAAGCAGAAGACGGAUUUGUUCAAUUCAAGACAGAAUAUUUCCACAAAACCCAAAGCCUUGGACUAAUGCGUUGUCACAGAUGUAGUUCAGAACCUCCGGAUGUAUCCAAGUUUCAAAUUGCAAGAAAUGAAGAAAAAACAGUUGCCGUGACGACAAAUGAUGAAUAUUGCAGAUCAUCAGCUAUAACGGAGACCAGAUCUAAACUAAAGACAUCUGACAAGAUUGAACGAAAAGUGAAAUCUGUAGAAAAUCAAGACAGGACAAUGUCUCUGAAAAAUCAUUUUAAAGUAGACGAAACACAUAAAUUGUCAGUUUCUGUGCUCAAUCCACCUAUUGAGAGAUCACAAUCACCAGCUGUGAUUUCCAUAAUUGGUAAUAAGAGUUUAAUAUGCAAAUAUGGUGUUCAGGGUAUAGGCGUGGGUCAGUUCAAUAAUAUCCUAGGUGUUAGUGUAGGUGGGAAUGGGGUAACUGCUGUAUGUGACCCAGGUAAUCACAGAGUUCAGUUAUUUUCUGUAUAUGGCACACACCAACGUGUUCUUCACUUCACUCAUUUUACAUCCGAUUUCAACCCACGAUAUGUAGCUGUAUCAAGGAAUGGUUUUUACUUCGUUACAGAUUGGAAUAACAGACAAGUUGUCGUGUGUGACGAAAACAAUAAGAUAAUUAGAUGCUUUGGGAAUCAGGAAUUGACAUCCCCUAUGGGUAUUGCUAUUAGUCCUGUGAAUGACAGAGUGUAUAUCAGUGAUUACAAUACACAUUGUGUUAAAAUCUACACGCAGGAUGGAGAAUACAUCAAGACUUUUGGUUCUCAUGGUAGUGGGAAAUGGCAGUUUUCCUGUCCGUGGGGAAUGACCGUCAAUAACAAGGGCAAUGUCAUUGUGGCUGACUACAGCAACCAUCGCAUUCAGGUGUGUGAUCCUAAUGGUGUGUUCUUAUUCAGUUUUGGCAGUAAGGGGAAUGGUAAUAAUCAGUUCAAUUGUCCGUAUGAUGUUGCUUGUGAUAACAAUGGCAAUAUGUAUGUUUCUGAUUAUUGCAAUAACAGGGUCAUGAAAUAUGAUUCACACGGUGUAUUUAUAUCUCGUAUUGAUAGUGACCAGGAUGCAUUGCGGUACCCUGGUGGCAUCGGUGUCACUGGGGAUAAUAUAUGCGGUCGCAUUGUGGUAUCAAACCGUGGGGAUAACUGCGUUAAAGUAUUUGCACAAUGA